UCAGGGGUGGGCUUUUCUUUCCUUCAAACCAAAAUACCCAACUACAAAUUCAAGGCAACCAAUGAGAAUGCAGCCGUUUUAACACCCUCCACUUAGGGUAACUGCCCACCCAUCCUUUCCUUCUAUGACAACUACUUGAAAAAAGCUUUUCUUUGGGUACGAAAGAGAUGGAAGAGAAAAAGCUGUUGUGGCACAGAGGAAACGGAAGAUGAGCUACUCUUUAGAAACAAAAUGGCUAACGUUAUUUUGUGGGUGGCAGAUUACCGUUAAAUUCUACAACAUGCAGCAAAAGAAUGUAAGAGCGAGAGAGAGGGUGCGCGCGAGAAACACACACAAUUGCAACUGGGAGAGUCAUUCUCUAUCACCGGUGGUGGGUGGUUAUGCUGCUGUGGCGGCUGUGUUCGCUGCCGUCUUUAAUCCAUCGUAUCCUGCCAAAAACAACAACAACUUUAUGGCGCUCAUCACGUCAUAACUGUCAGUGUUUAUUUGUAAUUCGUUUAACGUUGUUUAACUUUUAAGGACACCCAUCCAUUCUGGAUCUUUUUUUCCUGACUUCUGGCCGGAAUGCCAUAACGCUUUCGCUAAGAGUUAUAAACAAAAAUUAACGUCUGCGGUGUUAGACAGUUGUUCAUUUCGCGUUGUCGCAUGCUCAACAUUUAACGGAUAAAACAUAAAUCGCAACUAAAACGCAGUUUAAAAGAAUUUCAAAACCGACGGAAAACGAACAAUUUUUUCGACUAAAAAAAUUUAAUCCAAGAAAAAAUAAAUAUUUGAUAGCUCAACUUUUGAUAACUUUAUAAAUAAAUAAAUAAAAAAACUAUAAAUAUCUAUCUACGAUGCACAAUCAAAAUUCCAAAUCAUUUUUGAUUCGAGAUCUUCUUGGGGAUUUAAUAAAUCAUCAGCAACAAAAUAACGAAGAUGAUUCAGAUUUGUCCGACAACAAUUCGGAUAUAGACAUCGAAGAUCGUUCUUCACCCGACUCGGAAGCCCUCAACUGCCACUAUGCUGGUGGGGGAAAUUCCAUGUCAAAUGGCCAUUUCAAUCUGAGUAACAAUGAGUCCAGCCUAGAUUCGUCAAGUUAUCAAAACGAGGCCGAUGCCGCUGCAAAUGGCCAGACACAGGGACAAACAAAUUCCAAUUUCCUGCAUGACCCCAAGCUGAAUCUGGUAAAAAGUGGUCGCAAGCCGAGGCGUAGGCGCACAGCAUUCACCCAUGCCCAGUUGGCGUACUUGGAAAGAAAAUUUCGUUGCCAGAAGUAUUUGAGUGUGGCCGAUCGCAGUGAUGUGGCGGAGACAUUGAAUCUAUCCGAAACACAAGUUAAGACUUGGUACCAAAAUAGAAGAACCAAAUGGAAACGUCAAAAUCAGUUGCGUUUGGAACAGUUGCGACAUCAGGCCACAAUGGAAAAGGAAUAUGUGGGCGAUGGUUCUGGAAAUCCGCUGGGUUGUUGUCCCCCAGGCCUGUCAUCGUUUAACACCUCAAAUCCUUGCAAUUUUUUAACUUCGGCAGCUGCGGCAGCCUUGUUCCGCAACGUUGGCUAUGUUCACGGAUGUCCCCUGUAAAAGUUGACCAGCAUCCACAGCAGCCCAAUGGAGUUUAAUGUUAACUGGCCACAAGCAAAUUUUUAUUGUUAAUUAUUAAUUAAUUUUUAAAUACAUUCUGUAAAUAGUUCAAGGUGUACAGAGUUGUUGUACCCUUCGAGAAAAAAUCUGUGCCAACGCAGUGCAAUAUUGAAAUUAGUCUUUAAAUGCAAAAAAAAAAAAAUAAAUACAUAUUUAUU